AUGGAGGCCCUUGAACAAAUGUCCCAAUAUGCCAAAUUCAUGAAGGACCUCCUCACCAAAAAAAGAAAGUUUCAAGAUGAAGAAACAAUUGAAUUGGAAGCUGGAUGCAGUUCCAUUAUUAAAAAACCCUUGCCAGGAAAGUCUAAGGAUCUUGGAAGUUUCACCAUUCUGAUUUCAAUUGGAGAGGUAUCUAUUAGUAAAGCCUUAUUGGACUUGGGGGCUAGUUUGAACUUAAUACCCUUGUCAUUCUUGAAAAAGCUUGGAAAGAUUGAAGUCAAGCCGACAAGGAUAACCUUACAGCUAGCAGAUAAAUCUAUUAAAUAUCUCUAUGGAGUGACUAAAGAUGUGUUUGUAAAGGUGGACAAAUUUUUCUUCCCUGAUGAUUUUGUGGUGAUGGACAUAUAA